AGGAGGCGCUCGUUGUUGCGACGCUACGCGGACGUGCGUAAAAUACCAAAAUCACUUUCUAUUUCACUGUCAUUGAAAAACGGAUUCGGUGACGAGCAUAAGAUAAGGUUGAGGAGGUUAGACGGGACGUUGUCACUGGAAACACGCCUUUCCUCUCCAAGCUGCUGUCGCUCAGGUGGACCUGAGCUGGGCAGCGGGCAACGGCAAGGACACGACACCCGGGUAUCCCACACAUCGCUUCUCUCGCUGUGCUUUAACGUUCUCAUCGGAUCUAGAUUGUCCAUCCGGAUUGUUCACCGUCUCAGAAACAGUUUAGACAGAGAGUGAGUCUCCGUGACUCCAAAGCCGGCGAGACAUCCUGACAGCUUGGGGGACGGCUCGGAGCGCCUGGACUCAUUGACAUUACAGGCAGACUUUUCUGGACCACUUUUUUUUCUUCUUCCGACGUCGCUCGGCCGCUGCGCGUUGGAAGACUUGUGGCUUCCCGGGCGCUCGGGGAAGAGAACAGUGCUGGUCCAGAGGGUGCCGGGACUAUAGGGCGCUGGGUGAUUUUCUAACUCUGCCCUGGAUAUUAGUCACUGUUGUGGAGGAUGAAUUGUGCCAGUGUUAGGUGAUAACGCAACGCAAGUACAAUGACUAUUCUGUUUGGAGGAGAGCGGACUGCCAUUAUUGCUCCAAUGAGUCCGGGUACUCAGCUGAAUAUCAAUUAGGAUCGUCGGGAGAGAGCGGAGAGCGAGGGAGAAAAAGACAAUCAAAGGUGGAUCUCCGGGACCACACACAAUGAACACAAGUGGUUGUUUAGCGCUGAGUACACAUAAUACCUUGGCCCGUCACAUCAACAGGUCGGAGUAAACACACAAAGGUUAUCAGCGUUCUUGCGGAAGAGGGGGAUGUAUCUUUCUAUUUUCUUUUUCCUACUGUUAUGGGCUCAAGCCCUGACGCUGAAAAACUUAAAUUAUUCUGUCCCAGAGGAGCAAGGGCCAGGGACGGUGAUCGGAAACAUUGCCAAAGAUGCAAGAAUUGGGCUGGAGCAGACGGGGCAGGGGCAGGCGAAAAAAGCAAAUUUCAGAGUGCUGGAGAAUUCUGCCCCGCAUCUCAUUGACGUUGACCCCCAAAGCGGACUUCUUUACACCAAACAGCGCAUCGACAGAGAAACACUGUGUCGCAGGAACCCAAAGUGCCAGCUCUCCAUGGAGGUGUUUGCCAACGACAAGGAUAUCUGCAUGAUUAAAAUAGACAUCCAAGACAUAAACGACAAUUCUCCAACCUUUACCUCCGACCAGAUUGAUAUUGACAUUUCAGAGAAUGCAGUCCCAGGCACACGCUUCCCUUUGACCAACGCGCACGACCCGGAUGCAGGGGAAAACGGUCUUAAAACCUAUCAAAUAACCCGGGACGACUACAAUCUAUUUUCCUUGGAGGUUAAAUCCCGAGGGGAUGGCACUAAAUUUCCAGAAUUAGUUAUUCAACGGCCCUUGGACAGAGAGGAGCGCAGCCAUCACACACUAAUUCUAUCAGCCACGGACGGUGGUGAAUACCCCCGGUCAGGCACGAUGCAGAUCAAUGUUAAAGUUAUUGAUUCGAACGACAACAGUCCUGUGUUUGACCAGCCUUCAUAUGUCGUGGAAAUCCCAGAAAAUUCCCCCCCUGGUAAAGUACUUAUUGAUUUAAACGCCACUGAUCCUGACGAGGGCAACAAUGGUCAGGUUGUGUAUUCUUUUAGUGGCUAUGCCCCAGAGAGGAUCCGGGAGCUGUUCUCCAUAGACUCUAGGACGGGGAUCAUAAAGAUCCAGGGGGAGAUUGACUACGAAGAGAGCCCAAUUAUUGAGAUUGACAUCCAGGCCAAGGAUUUAGGACCCAACCCCAUUCCCGGUCAUUGUAAAGUGACUGUGAAAGUGCUGGACCGGAAUGACAACUGGCCUUAUAUAGGCUUCGUGUCUGUAAGACAGGGAGCGAUCAGUGAGGCGCGACCCCCGGGCACCGUUAUCGCUCUCGUUCGCGUCACUGACAAAGACUCCGGCAGGAACGGCCAGCUGCAGUGCAGAGUGCUGGGCAACGUCCCAUUUAAACUUGAGGAGAAUUAUGACAAUUUAUACACGGUGGUGACGGACCGACCGCUGGACCGAGAGGUCCAGGACGAGUACAACGUCACCAUCGUGGCCAAAGACAACGGCAUCCCUCCCCUGAACUCCACCAAGUCCUUCACCGUGAAGAUUCUGGACGAGAACGACAACGUUCCACGCUUCACCAAGGUGGUGUACCUGCUGCAGAUCCCCGAGAACAACAUCCCCGGGGAGUACCUGGGCUCGGUUCUAGCUCACGACCCCGACCUGGGCCAGAACGGCACGGUGUACUACAGCAUUAUCAAUUCCAACGUCAGCGGCGGGGACGUCAACACCUAUGUCAACGUCAACGCCGCCAAUGGUGCCAUCUAUGCGGUGCGCUCCUUCAACUAUGAGCAGAUCAAAUACUUUGACUUCAAAGUGUUGGCGAAGGACGCCGGUUCGCCCCACCUUGAGAGCAACACCUCAGUGCGCAUCACCGUGCUCGACGUCAAUGACAACAUCCCGGUCAUCGUCCUGCCGCUGCUGCAGAACGACACUGCCGAGAUCCACGUCCCACGGAACGUGGGCGUGGGCUACAUCGUUACCACGGUGAGGGCAGUGGACAACGACUACGGCGAGAGCGGGCGGCUCACCUACGAGAUCUCUGACGGGAACGAAGACCACCUGUUUGAGAUGGACCCGGUGACGGGGGAAGUGCGGACCGCCCACCCGUUCUGGGAGGACGUGAACCCCGUGGUGGAGCUGAUUAUCCGGGUGAUGGACCACGGCAAGCCCACGCUGACCGCCGCUGCGCGCCUCAUCGUCAAGGCCUACAACGGGCCGGUGGCGGGAGGCGAACCCAGGAUCAACGAGGAGAACCGCAACUGGGACAUGUCGCUGCCGCUCAUCGUCACGCUCAGCAUAAUCUCCAUUAUGCUGCUUGCUGCCAUGGUAACCAUCGCCAUCAAGUGCAAGCGGGAAAACAAAGAGAUACGCACGUACAAUUGCCGCAUCGCAGAGUACUCGCACCCGCAGCUCGGGAAGGGCAAGAAGAAGAAGAUCAACAAGAACGACAUCAUGCUGGUGCAGAGCGAGGUGGAGGAGCGGGACGCCAUGAACGUGAUGAACGUGGUGAGCAGCCCCUCCCUCGCUACUUCCCCCAUGUACUUUGACUACCAGACCCGCCUUCCACUCAGCUCCCCCAGGUCAGAGGUCAUGUACCUCAAGCCCACCGCUAACAACCUCAGUGUACCCCAGGGGCACGUGGGGUGUCACACCAGCUUCACCGGCCCAGCCACCAGCACCACGGAAACGCCCGCCAACCGCAUGUCAAUCAUCCAGACGGACAGCUUCCCCACUGAGUCCAACUACAUGGGCAGCCGCCAGCAGUUUGUUCAGAGCAGCUCCACGUUUAAAGACCCGGAGCGCGCCAGCCUGAGGGACAGCGGACACGGAGACAGCGACCAGGCAGACAGCGACCAGGACACCAACAAGGGCUCCUGCUGCGACAUGUCCGCCAAGGAGGCCCUCAAGAUGAAGGCCACCGGCGUCAAGCCGCCCCCUCUGGAGCAGGACGAGGACUGUGUGAAUUGUACGGAGGAGUGCCGGGUGCUAGGUCACUCGGACCGCUGCUGGAUGCCCCAGUUCCCGGCGGGGGGUCCGCAGGCAGAGGGAGGCGACUACCGCACUAACGUGUUUGUCCCAGCGGGGAUGGAGGCGGCGCCCGAGGCCGACACCUACGAGACGGUCAACCCCAACGGCAAGAAGACCUUCUGCACCUUCGGCAAGGAGCGGCGCGACCACACCAUCCUGGUGGCCAACGUCAAGCCCUACCUGAAGGCCAAGCGGGCCCUCAGCCCCCUCCUGCAGGAGUCCUCCUCCGCCGCGGGGAGCCCCACCAAGGGCUGCUCCUCCUCUUCCACCGCCUCCCCCUCCUGCGCCAUCGUCAAAAGCCCGGCGGACGGGGCGGAGGGCAAGCCAGCCCCGCCCCCCUGCUCCUCCGGCCACUACGGCCCCCCCGACGGCCAGAACCUGUCCCCCGCUAAGCCGGCGCGGGACCAGGGAGGCUACCCCCCAUCCUGCGACCCCGUGGCCAAGGUGCUCGCCGAGGCCCGGUCUCGGAUCAGCCAGGGGGCGGAGCCAGAGAGGGGUCGCGACCCCGCGGACCCUGAGCCGACGGCCCGGGACAUAGACCAGCUGCUGCAGGACUGCAGAGGCGGUGAGGCCGGGGGUAUGCUCAGGAAGUGACACCACGGCCCGCCACA